AUGAGCGGGGGAGGCGAAAAGGAGGAGGUGAAAAACAAGGACGAAGAAAUUUUCAAGCUAAGGAAGCUGGCUGUUAUCUUCAAGAGUGAGUGUAAAAAGUUGAAGGAGGAAAAUGACGCGCUUAAGAAGGGGAGCAUUCCGAGCGGCGCAGAAGGAAUUAGCAGCACCCCCGCUGUGGGAGAGCAACUAAAGAAUGAGUAUGCGAAGCGUCUGGCCGUAGAGAAGAGUUACAAAAAGUUAAAAAACUUUACCCUCAUGUUGGAGGAAAAAAUGACUCAAAUGAAAAAUGACAGUAAAAAAAGGUAUGAAGAGGUGGAAGAGAAAUUGAAGGGGUGUCAAAAGGAUUUGUGUGCAUCCCAAAGUGAAAGCGAAAAAUUGAAGAAGACAAUUCAGGAAAAAGAAGCCACCAUGGAAAAAAUAAUAAUUAAAAUGGAUCAAUUUAAAUCAUAUUUAAAGGAACAAAAAGGAAUGACAGACAUGGCAGAAAAUAGUAUCAACCAAGCAGUAGAAUAUAAAAUACAAAUUAGAAAAUUAAAAGAACAUCUUGAAGGGGUAAAAAAAACGGAAGAAAUUACUUCCAAAGAAAGACAACAGUACAGAAGCAUGAUUAUGCUCUGCUCCCAAUACAAACAAAAAUGUAAACAGCUUCCUCUUCUAGAAAAUAAAGUAGAAAUGCUAGAAAGGAAAAUUAAAGAGUUAGAAAUAUACAAGGAUAGGGAUAAGGAGAAAAUGGAAAAUAUUACCGAGUUGAGAAAAAGUCUUAUAAAUGAGCAAGUCGAAAAGGAGAAACUGAAUGAACAACUUAGUGAAUGGAUCAAUUUUGCAAAAUUGUAUAUAGAUAAAAAUGCUAUAGAUGUAGAAAGCUUAAAGAGGUCCAUGCAACAGAUUCAUGAAAAGUACACACACGUGACUUCCACAAAAACAGAUUUAGAAAUUCAGUAUAGAAAAUUAGCUGCGGAAAUGGAAAUGGUAAGGCAAAAUCUGGAAGAUAAAAAAUUAGAAGUUAAAAUCGUUACUAAUAAGAAUAGGCAGUUGGAAAAAAUGUACGAAUUUGCCAAACGCGAUUACAUGAGGGACGCGUCUACUGCAUCUUGCAAGGAAGACGGCACAAUUGGGGAAGACCCGCAGAAGGAAAAACCCAUUGUGGCAAACACACUCGCGGAGUAUAAAGCCAAGUGCGACUUUUUACAAUCGGACAACGAGAAGAAGGAGAAACUGAUAGAAGAGCUAAACGAACGAGUGAAGAAAUAUCAAAGCGAAUUUGAACAGGCGUGCUUAAAGAAAAAAAGCGCAGAGACCGCCUCGGACGAGUUACAACUAUACCAGAAGGAAAUUCUAAUUCUUAAGGAAGAAAUACAAAAUUAUAAAAAUAGGAUUGUAAUGUUGGAAGGGGAAGUGAUGCAGGUUAGAAAUGAGUGGGAUGAUGAUAAGCAAAAGUACGAAAUAGUCAUUAGUGAUUUAAGGGAGGCCGUUAGGAAAGCACAAUUUGAAAGUAAAAUCAGUGGCUCAGCAGGGACUUCUUCCAACCAGGGAGGAACUACCCCAGAAGGGAAGAAGCACCAUAAGGAAGAGGAAAACGAUGCACAUAGCACCCUCAACGCACUGUAUAACCACCUGGACAACCUCUCCUCUGUGGACGAGAUCGAGUUGGUAACCCUACGGAAUGAAAACUUGUAUUUAAAGUCUAAGAUAGAGGUUGUGAAAAUUUUUUAUACAAAUCAAAUUAAAAGCUAUAGGGAGGCCUUCCUCUACAUUUUGGGCUGGGACAUUCAAAUCGAGCAGAGUGACCAGGACGUCUUUUUCAUUUUGACAUCUUUAUUUUCCACACACGAUGGGAAGUUCAUAUUUAUAAAAAGUAAUGGGGCAAAGGACAAGCGCUCCCUUGCGUCGCAGGCGGAUGAGGACAGGCACGCUAAGAGGGUCAGGCGGCACGAGGGGGAAGAAGAAGCAGCGUCCUCCUUUGAAGGGGUUGCCCCUGUGGAAGUAUCUUCACAAGAAAACGGCAACCAGGGCGCCCCAAAUGAUGAUACAACCCCAUGUGAAGGGAUAACUAGCGAGGGAGACGAACUUGCCGCGCCCACCACCACCCUGGACGUGUCCAAGGCAAAUUUCGAAAACACAAACGUGUCCCUCUCUUCCAUUGUGAAAGGCUGCCAGUACAACUUGCUACUGCACGGUCAUUACGGCCUCAAGUGGAACGACAAUGAGGAUUGGAAGAACCACAUUAACAAAAUCAACACCUACCCUGUCCUCCUCUCCAUGUCCUGCAUAGAAGAGUUCAACAACAUCAAGGCGCAGUACAGCAACACCAUGGGCAAGAACUCCCAGGGCAUGCUCUUCAAGCUCUAG